ACAAAAUUUAUGUUUUCUUGUGGCUUAUCGAAAAGUGUUUCUCAGCAAGUAAUUUGACAAUUCGAAGCUUGACAGUUCAGCUUAACGACAUUCUGAAUUAAGAAUAUCCCUUUGUAUUUUUGAACGAAUCUUGCAAUGAGAACAAUUUCGAUAGUCGUACGUGUACUGUGAUUUAAACGAAUAUACUUAGAAAUAUAACGUAAAUUCUCAGUUUAUUAAUAUAUAUAUCUUACUUUCCAUAAGUAUUAACAAGUGAUAUUUUUGUGCUUAAAAAUUGUGUAUUAGUGGUGCUCAUUUGACUUUACAUACCAAAUGUCAAAAAACAAAUUAAAUUUGACACUACCUCCUGGCUCGAUAGAACCAGUUCCAGCUGUGUCUCCUUCGCCACCUGUACCUCCCUUGCCUAUUUAUUCAGAGCCACCAGUAAUUCCAGACGGAGUUAUGGGUAAAAUGAGUAUAGAUGCUAUUCAAGAAAGGUUAGAGGAAUUAGAAAUGGACGAGGAACAAAGGAAGAGAUUGGAAAGCUUCUUGGGACAGAAGGAAAAGGUCGGAGAAUUAUGCGCAGAGGAUUUUGAAAAGCUUGGUGAACUUGGUGCUGGUAACGGUGGUGUAGUUAUGAAAGUGAGGCACAAAAAAUAUGGAUUAAUAAUGGCAAGAAAGCUAAUACAUUUAGAAGUUAAACCUGCUAUAAAAAAACAGAUAAUUAGAGAACUGAAAGUUCUUCAUGAAUGCAAUUUUGCGCAUAUAGUUGGAUUCUAUGGUGCUUUUUAUAGCGAUGGAGAAAUUAGUAUAUGCAUGGAAUACAUGGAUGGUGGAUCGUUAGAUUUAAUACUAAAAAAAGCUGGAAGAAUUCCAGAACCAAUAUUAAGUACAAUUACUUCUGCUGUUUUGAAGGGUUUGAGUUAUUUACGAGAUAAACAUGCAAUUAUGCAUCGGGACGUAAAGCCGAGCAACAUUUUAGUAAAUAGCGCCGGAGAGAUCAAGAUUUGUGAUUUCGGCGUUUCGGGACAAUUAAUCGAUUCCAUGGCCAAUUCAUUUGUUGGAACAAGAAGUUAUAUGUCGCCAGAAAGGCUUCAAGGCACACAUUAUUCAGUACAAAGUGAUAUUUGGUCCCUAGGAUUGUCACUUGUCGAAAUGGCCAUUGGAAUGUACCCAAUUCCACCUCCAGAUGAAAAAACUUUAGCUGCGAUAUUUAACACUCCACCAGGCCAACCACCAGCAGAUAAUACUACUACAAAUAAUGCUUCUACUCCAACAACACAAUCACCUGGACAUAAUACAGGUAGUCCACGACCAAUGGCUAUUUUUGAAUUAUUAGAUUAUAUUGUUAACGAACCACCCCCAAAACUGCCAGCUGGAAUUUUCAGCGAUACUUUCACAGAUUUCGUUGACCGCUGUCUGAAAAAAAAUCCUGCUGAAAGGGCAGAUUUAAAGACAUUAAUGAAUCACGAAUGGAUAAAGAAGGCUGAAUCCGAAAACGUGGAUAUUGCUGGUUGGGUAUGUCGCACAAUGGAUCUACAACCGACUACUCCAACACGUUUAGCAAACGUACAAUCCUGAAUAAAUGUCACUCUUACAUACUUGACUACCUAUAUACGCGUUCAGUACUCUUAAGUGAGUUUCAGUUUCUUUUCGUUCAAUUGGUAUAAACAGUGGCGUUUAUAA